CAUGGACCGUGGUACCGUCGUCACUCGUCAUCAACUAGCUUUUCUGUUCCUUCCAACUCCAAACCCACAGAUUACUAACUCGACUCGAAGCUCCCGUUGAGCGAAAGCCCGUUCGGCUGUUUCACGAAUCCUUCGGGGUCGGCCUCGUCCUCUCCGGUUUAGUCCCAAAUCUAGCCUUCACCUCGACUCCCCUCGCCUCGACGCCUCGCCAUGGCGUCCGACACGGAGGGCGGCAUAGCCGCUCUCUUCUCCAUGUACAACGACGAUGAGGAAGAGGAUGACGGCGACGAGCCCAGACCCCCUUCACCUCCGCCGCCCGCCGCCGCAACCUCCUCGUCGCCGUCACCUCAGACAGAAGGCGAGAGCUCAAACCCUAACCCCAACGCCGCCACUUCCUCGGCGCCCCCCUCCCCUCCCCUCGCCGAGGAUCUGGCCGCCCGCAGAACCCUAGCGAGCCCCUACCCCUCGCCGGGGCUCCCGCCGCUGCCUUCGCGCCGUUCGCCCUCGCCUUUCGCGAUUGCUUCCCCGUCCCCUCUCCGGCCCGCUGCGGCCGUACCGCCGGCCGACCUGCCGCGACCCCCUCGGCGUGGCCCACUUGCUAUCGUGGACUACGGUCAUGACGAGAUGGCCAUGUCGCCGGAGCAGGAGGUAGAACCGGACGGGGAGCUCAAUGGCAUAGACAUAUCGGGUUUGGAUGCACAGGUUACUGAGGGGAAUUUCGAAGAAAAAACUCUUGCAGGUACUGUUCACAUACUGACCCCAAAUAGACGAUCAGAAAUGUCUCAGCAGAAUGAUGCACCUGAGCAGAAUCAAGUAGGGACGACUGCUGCAAUGAGUGUAGCUGGAGCUGAAUCAGAAGAUGCUCAGUUGGAAGAAGCUGCUGACAACAUUCAGAAUGAUGAUCCACUGAGUCAUUUCCUUCCUCCUCCUGUGACUGCAAAAUGUUCUGCAGCACUUCAGCAAAAGAUCAACAAGUUCCUUGCAUACAAAAGGGCUGGAAAGAGCUUCAAUUCUGAAGUGCGCAAUAGAAAGGACUACCGAAAUCCUGACUUUUUGCAGCAUGCUGUUCGAUACCAAGAAAUCGAUCAGAUAGGGACCUGUUUCAGUAAAGAUGUAUUUGAUCCUUAUGGGUAUGAUAGAAGUGACUACUAUGAUGAGAUCGAAGCUGAUAUGAAGCGUGAAAUUGAGAGAAAAGAAUUAGAGAAGAAAAAAAGCGGGAAGGUCGACUUUAUCACUGGAGGAGUACAGGCUCCAAUUAGUGCAGCAAUACCGAAGAUUGCAGCUGCUGUAUCAGCGGCAGCUGCGGCUGGGGCGCCAUUGGUUUCAAUAUCAGGAGAAGGCGUACAGAAAGAGACUAGGCCGAACAAGAAGUCAAAAUGGGAUAAGGUUGAUGGGGAUGUUAAGAACCCUGUAGCUCUGGCUCCUAGUGGACAUGACAAUUUAUCAGCAGCUGCACUUUUAACUUCAGCAAAUGUUGGUGCUGGAUAUGCUGCUUUUGCGCAACAAAAGAGGAAAGAAGCUGAAGAAAAGAAAACAAGUGAUCACAAGUCAGAGAGAAGAUCGUAGUGCUGCUCUCCUCCUCUUUUUACGGAUGUACUUCUGGGAAAUUUUCAAUUAUACAGCAUUAUAAUGUGCAAAAAAAUGAAAUUCAAGAGUUGGCUACAAGACUUAUAGAAAGUGUUCCUAUUUGUUAACACGCAUUUUCUUUGCGUGUGGGCACUUCUCAAAUGCAACCUGGCAGAAUUUUCCCUGUUGGAUUUCCCUGUGUAGGACGGACGUAUCUUCUUCAUCCUGGCUGAAUUAACUAUUUAGAGCUAAAAUUUCUG